UUAGCUUUUUUUCAUAACAGUAAUAUGGUACCUAUCUGAUGCCGCAUCCUUUAUAUAUAAAUAGAAAGUUAACUUUAAAAUUUAUUAAUAUUAUAAAAUUUUAUUAUAAAAAAUGAAAUUAUAUUUUUUUUAUAUACUCGUAUAUCUAAUAUAUAGAAUUCUCGUGUCGCGGUGUACGUAAUUGAACUACUCCGAAACGUCUCGAUCGAUUUUCGUAAAUUUUUAUAUGCAUAUUCAAUAGGUCUGUAAAUCGGACACAUAGAAUAAAAUCGGAUACAUCAUACAAAAUUACAUACAACCCUAAAUUUUCACCCUUCUACCACGAACCCUUAUUUUUUUAUGGCGGUACGAAGUUCGCUGGGUUAGUUAUAACUUCCUUGCAGCUUAAGAAAGGGUAAAAAGACAUCGACACGGCCGUCAGGGCCGCGGUAGCAUAAUGGUCAGUGCAUUCGCCCGGAAAGCGAAGGGUCCGGGUUUGACUCCCAUCUGCUGGCUGGUCCACGUGGAAUCUUUUCAAGUAAUAUUUUCUUUAGAUUUAAACAUGCUUAAAAAAUAUAAAACCUAUUAGAAGUUUGUGGUCAUUAGAAUAAAAUAAAUAUUCUUCUAUACAACUUCUAUACAACAUACGUGAUUUUUGACGUGGUUUGCUCGAUAUUAUAAUAUAAUGUCUUAUGUUGUAUACAUAAAUUAUACGGAACCUUUCGUACGCGGGUGCGAUUCGCACUUGGCCGGUUUUUAUUUAGACAAAUUAGAUAACUGAACCUCCUUUUACUUACUACCUCUCAUGAUCCGCAUUGUACCAUGAAUUAAGUACGGUCUAAACUGCUGUCAUCCGCAUGCCAGUCAUUCGCAUUUAUUUGCACAAUGAAUGUUACUAAUGUAUAGGCAGUACGGAAAUGUUCAAAGCCGUUAAAUUUAAAAAAAACUCAAGGGAAUGCCAAUUUAAAAUAAUUUGUAAGUUUAUCGUCUUUUAGCUUUUAAUAAAUAAACGAACGAAGUAUUAUUUGGAAUAUUGAUUAGACUACGGUUUAUUAUUAUAAAUGGCCGAUGAUGACGAUGAAGGUGGUUUUGGGGGUUUGUAUGAGGAUGGACACUGGAUAUGGGAUGACAUAAGCAAAUCACUAGUUUUUGUAAGCGAUUUGCCUCCGAAACCUGUGGAAGCAAUCCAGAUUCUGGCUAAAGCACCAACGGGCACAGUGGAGUUCAGAGAUGAUGUCGAUUUAAUAGAACAGAUACGAUUUCGACGACGUUAUCAAAGGAAGCUAAAGCCGGGACAAGAGGAUGUGAUAACAGUUCAGGACGUGAAAGAUAUCGCAUUAUACACAGCCCCCGUGCAAAUUAUGAGCCCUCUGCUAAUAAAUAUGCUACACCUUCCGACAACCGAACGGUUUAUAAGGGCGCUUAUUCUAUAUUCGGCAUAUUACUUACAGAUUGCAGAUGAAAUGGCGAACCGUAUUAUGGAGUUAGAAAAAAAAAUAAGAACUCCGGAUUGUGAUAUACUAGAACAUGAAUUUCGCGAUAAUUUGGCGGAUUUGCGACUUUUGGUGGCCAAAGAAUAUAGUGUAAUGCUCAUUGGUGGAAGUGACAUGCGGAAAUUCCACCAUAUGGGGCCUGCGAAGAAACGUAGAUCUUUAUCAGACAAAGACGCACGACUAUUUGAAACAUUGCUUAGAAUGUGCGUACAAAUUGUUUGGUUGGCUCUGGGGAGAAAGUCCUUUAAUCAAAUAGAAUUGGAAACAAACCGCAUAUUCAAAUCGGAGAUAUUCAACGCGGUGGAGCACACUUUGAAAACGGGUUACAUCAACAAUAUGGCAAAAGAGGAGCGUGUGGUUCUACUUGGACACUGCCUGCGCUAUGACAAGAAACUCAAUACACGCUCACCCCUGAUGAAUGAAGUUUUUUGUCACCGGCCCAUCGACUACCGCAUGAUGGGACUAGGUGUUAUCAAAGUACAGCAAAUGUCCCCAAGACUUCACUACAUGCUCCAAGCAGUAGCAGGUCCAGAGGAGAAACUGAGUGAACUAGGCGUGGUUGUUGGAAUCCUCGGGAUGCCAAGAUCAGCUUUCGAUACCAUGCUGAGACCACUCCCCACAGCUGUAGAGAAAUCUAAGGCGUCUAUGUCCUCGACAAGUGGACACAGUAGUUCUAAAAGUACUGCAUCAAUGGGAAAAAGCACAACGGCUGCACAUAAGGUUUAUCCUGACGUAGUUCUGCCUAGGAAAGAAACUAGAGAAUUAUUCUAUCCCCCGUCGUUCCCUGAUGAACCGGAAAAGAUUCGACCGUGUAGCGAAACCCAGCGACGUCGCUGGCAAAACCGGCUCAUGAAACUUCUUCAUCCACACCGUUGACCGUAAACAUUUAGCUAACUAACUACCUAUAUACAUUAUUUGAUAUUUCUUUUGUUGUUGUUUGAAAACGGUGCAAUGCAUAGUUUUUAAUGCGAUAGUAUCAAUUACGUUAACUGGUUUUUACAAUUCGAUCAUCCGAAACGAAUCAAUGCAAAUACAAAGGAGAUUGGGCAUCUUAGUAUGGAGCUUGGGGACGAACUAAAGAUUUUUGUACAUCAAUCAAAUAAGCUUAAAAAUAUUGCUUAUACUUAAUACUUUUAGGAUUUUUUUAUUUCUUUAAAAUCCGUACUCUCUGAGCAAAGUUAUUGGACUUUAAAGAAAUAUGUCUACAUGACCUCUUUUUACGAUUCCCGCUACUAUGCAACUACUGUAAUCUUAAUAUUACAUACCCAUAAUUACGCACAUAAUCCUAAAAGGGGUUGAGCAGUGCUGCAGGUAACAUUUGUUUACACAUUUUAUUAUUUAGCAUUCGUCAUUAUCAUCAAUUUACACGGCAAUAUAGCAAGAAAUCGACUGACAGACAGAUCUGAGUUCUGACAGUGAUCACAGUGACAGUGAUCACAGUGACACUGACAGACACUGUUCACAUUAAGUCGUCUUUUGUAGAUAAAUCAUAUUCACACGAAUAAUAUGUUCUAUUAUUCUUUGUAUAUGUAUUUUCGUAUCUUGGACUAGUUCUAACAAUGUUAAUAACAUGAAUAGGUUAACAUUGGAAACCUAAGUUGACGUUUCGGAACGCGGGAUCCGGAUAUCGCUUGGAUUGUCGAGACGACCGACGUCCCGUAUAGCAACUGGCCACCAAGCACCGAGCUUAUCACAUAGGAAAUCAUUCUUCAUUUUAAAAAUAUCGCAUAUUUUUCUGAGUACGAAAAUUGCUGAAAUUUGGUAUUUAGUCAUUAAUUUUGGUUAAGGAUUUUUGACAGUAUUUUCAUUAGUGUACAAUUGAGAGAUAAAAAUCCCUAAAAUGCCCAAUCUCCUUUCAUAUUUACAACAUUACUAGCGGGUCCCGCAGACGUUAUUGUCAUAUUGUAAAUCUUACCCAUCCGAAUCGCUCUCACACAUCUUACUAGAAUACAUACAAUUUUUUAUCGAAAUGGGUUCAGCCAUUUAAUGAGAUUUCCAUUACACACACUGGCAGUAAUACUACAGCAUGAAGAUUGAUAUACCUACUUACAUAAGAAAACCUUUCUAUUAGAAAAGGUGAUUGACAGAGUUCUUUGAAAAUUGCAUUACGAUAAAAAUGUGGAACUAGUGAUUAUUACAAUACAAUCUAUAAAUAAAGAUCAAUAUAUCAAUAUUAUAAAAAAAAUGUCAGCUAAAAGGAAUAGAACUAAUAUCUUUAUUAGGUAAUUUUAUUAGGAAACCUAUCGACUAUUAUAUUUCUUACCUCUAUUUAUUCCGCAUGGAUUUAUAAAUAUUUAUUGAAUGUGUUGUUUACAUACUUACCUAAUUUUAAAUAUAAGAUUUGAAAUAAAGACAGUCUUUUUAAUCUAUGACAACGAUAUAAUCUUUACAUCAUUUAAUAACUUGUGUAUGUCAACAAAGCAGCAUCAUAAGCUCCAACCGCCACGUAGGUAUUUUUUUGGUUUAAAUAAUUACCCAAGUCUGAAUGCCUCCCAUGAGUUCUGCGUAGGUUUGGCACUUAUUUUAUAUAUUUGCAAAUAUGAUAAUUUAGCCCUUAUUUAUAAAAUUAAUUACGCAUUUCAUCGAGAUCUCAGUGUUUCUAAAAGAAAACAAUGUUAUAAGGUGGAUGUUUAAGUAAAACUUUACUUUUUAGGUGGACAAACAGGAACUUUUUGGGAGAGUAUAACUGGGGAAAAUAAAGAAAGUCCUUAUAACUUACAAAGCUAGUUUGCUUUCUUAUUAUAUUUACUUAAAUUCACGGCAACCGUUGGAACAGCACUAAGAUUGAACUUCAAAUAAUAAUAAUAAUAAUCAACAUAGAAAUAUGUUACUCCUAUCGAACAAUACACGGACGUAAUCAUCAAAGGUAAAAAUGGUAAAGUUUUGUCCAGACCCCAGGCGGGAUGAAUAACAUUUUCAUAAAUAAAAAACGCUAAAAGACCAUAUAAGUACAAUGUUUCAGUAUGACUUAAAAGUGGUAAUCUGAAAUAUCUGCGCCUCCUAGCACCUUUUAGCUUGGCUGGCAUAUAAAAGAACGGAAUGUUACUAAAACCAAUUGCUGAAUAUGUAAACAAUAUAAAUAAUUUAAUCGAAAGCAGAUUUUUCGGAUAUAGCAGAGGGAAUAACGAAUAAUGUCCAACCACAGAUAAAAUCAAAAAUAGCCUUCCGUCAACUUCGCCAAGCACAGACAUGAAACU